AUGAAGCUGGCGAGACACAGACCUCUCAUUUCUUCCUUUCUUGGCCGUAAAACUAUUCCUUUGUUUAUUUGGAAACAGAGUUUCUAUGAAUCGAAGCAACUACUUGAGAAGACAGACCCAAAUUUCGGAUGGGUUUCACAGCUCUGCAAUCUUGGAGCAGAGGAGCUUUUACUUCUGUUCAUCUACUUCGUCCAGGUAGCUGGCUCGAGCACUAAGCUUUAUGAUGCUCCAACAGUCCAAACGCUCAAGUUCUACACUGGUGUUAAGUUUGAUGUAAGAGCCUCUUCAAGUCGUAAAUCACUGAAGAAACUCAGAAGAGAGUCUCGACAAGGUAAAGACAUAAACAGGAGAAGUGUUUCAGAAACAGAAGAAGAAGAAGAAGCUGCUCAACUUUCGUAUCCAAGAUUUGAAGAAACUCAAGUUGAUACUUCAACUUCAAAGAACUCCAUUGAUGAUGAUGAUGUUGUUGCUGCUGCUCCUCGAGACAAAGUGCUUCAAGCUUGCACUGUAACUUCCGGUUUAAUGGCUGCAUUAGCCCUGAUCAUCAGAACGGCGUCUCAUGUUGCUUCAACUCAAGGCUUGCCUGUCCCUGACUGCUCUACAGAUAUACCAUUUGGGUUUGAAACUUGGCACUUGGGGUUGAUUGGUGGAAUCGUUGUGCUUAUAUCGUCAAGCAGGUUCUUGCUACUAAAAGCUUGGCCAGAUUUUGCUGAUUCAAGUGAAGCAGCAAACCGACAGAUUCUUACUUCGAUUGAACCUCUAGAUUACCUUGUUGUUGCGAUUUUGCCUGGAAUCAGUGAGGAGAUGCUCUUUAGAGGUGCAUUGAUGCCUUUGGUUGGAACCAAUUGGACCGGUAUUGUAGCGGUUGGACUCAUCUUCGGUUUACUCCAUCUCGGGAGCGGAAGAAAGUACUCUUUUGCUGUUUGGGCGUCGAUUGUCGGUAUAGUGUAUGGUUAUGCAGCGGUUUUGUCGUCGAGUCUUGUUGUUCCGAUGGCUUCUCAUGCGCUCAACAAUUUGGUCGGAGGUUUGCUGUGGCGCCACACUUCCAAGCUCAAGUCUGUGGAGUGA